AUGGCAUCUUCGUACUCAUUUUACGGUGAUCGUUACAGCGACGGCGCGUUGCAAUUCAGUCAACCGAUACCUCAUCCAUGCAAAACUAAAACUCGCAAUACAAUAGCGUUGUCUUCGUUCUCAGACGGACGAUUUCGCAGCAAAGUGAAUUCCAUUAAGGAGGAUGAAGAAAAAAAAGUACAAUUACAGAAGGAUCCCCCGACAGCAACAUCAAAAGGGGAUGUAAAUGCUUGUGGAGAUUGUUGCUGCUGUAGAGUAUUUUAUUCUGACCGAUUCAGAGAAUUCUCGUCCGACACCACCUUGCAUGGAUUGCGUUACGCAGUUGCCGAAGGUGUGGAACCAUGGAGGAGGUUUCUUUGGACAGUGUUACUUGUAAUUGCUGUAAGUGCGACUGCCGUGUACAUGUACCUGUGCUGGUAUAAAUUCUUUUCGUUCCCGGUCAACACCGUCGUUACUCUCACUUAUAAGUCAAAACUUCGCUUCCCAGCAAUUACCAUAUGUAACUACAACCAGUACCGGAAGUCCGUUGUUAAAGGCACGCGAUUUGAGGAAUGGGUACGCCAACAGUAUCCACUGUUCAACUUCAGCGAUGACGAUGUUCAGGUAGAGCUAGAUGAAUCAAUCUUGGAAGCCAACAGAACUUGGUUUGACCAGAUGGCCGCACACAGCAAAUGGAGUAUGAUAUAUCAAUGUACUUUUGGUAGCGUUAAAAUACCGUGUAGUGCUAGUAACUUCACGGAAACUUUCACCGACUUCGGAGUAUGCUAUACUUUUAACGGUGCUGACAGAGAAGGUGGGGCGCUACUUGUGGGACACAGUGGAAGUGAACAUGGUCUGAGGAUGCGAUUAUUUGUGAAUCAAUCAGAGUACACUUUCGGUGAGCAUUGUGGUGCAGGAUUUAAGAUUCUUCCCCAUCCGCAAGACGAAGUGCCAUUGGUUCGUAAUUUCGGAUUCGCUGUCUCUCCUGGGACUGAGGCUCUGGUUGGACUAAAGAUGAUUCAGGAACACAAUCUUCCAGCACCUUAUGCAAGCCAGUGUUCGAACGAAACACUACAGUAUUUUGCAAAAUACGCACGUUCUAACUGUGUACGAGAGCGACAAACUGACGCUGUUGUCGCAAAGUGUGGUUGUCGGGAACCCUACAUGCCGAGUGACGCGAGGGUAUGUAAUUACAACGAGACUCGUGUGUGUGUUCGACCAGAGUUAGUUUGCUGUGAUUUCUAA